UCUCGCGGCAGCUUCCGGAGCGUCUAGACCCACCCGGCCGCAGAGACCGCGCGUGCGCGCCCCGGGGACGGGUGCUCCGCAAUGACUGCCAGCUCGGUGGAGCAGCUGCGAAAGGAGGGCAAUGAGCUGUUCAAAUGCGGAGACUACGAGGGCGCCCUGACCGCCUACACCCAGGCGUUGGGUCUGGGGGCGACGCCCCAGGACCAGGCUAUCCUGCACCGGAACCGGGCCGCCUGCCACCUCAAGUUGGAAGAUUAUGACAGAGCGGAAGCAGAGGCAUCUAAAGCCAUCGAGAAGGACGGUGGGGACAUCAAGGCACUGUACCGGCGGAGCCAGGCCCUGGAGAAGCUGGGCCGUCUGGACCAGGCCAUGCUGGACCUGCAGAGAUGCGUGAGCCUGGAGCCUAAGAAUAGAGCCUUCCAGGAGGCCCUGCGGAACAUUGCUGGGCAGAUUCAAGAGAAGGUGCGCUACAUGUCCUCAACGGAUGCCAAAGUGGAGCAGAUGUUUCAGAUCCUGUUGGACCCCAAGGAGAAGGGCACUGAAAAAAAGCAAAAGGCCUCUCAGAACCUGGUGGUGCUGGCCCGGGAGGAUGCUGGCGCAGAGAAGAUCUUCCGGAGCAACGGGGUCCAACUCCUGCAGCGCCUGCUGGACACAGGGGAGGCAGACCUCAUGCUGGCUGCUCUGCGCACCCUGGUUGGCAUCUGCUCUGAGCACCAGUCACGGACAGUGGCAACCCUGAGCGUGCUGGGGACUCGGCGAGUAGUCUCCAUCCUGGGUGUGGACAACCAGGCUGUGUCCCUGGCUGCCUGCCACCUACUGCAGGUGAUGUUUGAUGCCCUCAAGGAAGGUGUCAAGAAGGGUUUCCGAGGCAAAGAGGGCGCCAUCAUUGUGGAUCCUGCCCGUGAGCUGAAGGUCCUCAUCGGGAAUCUGCUGGAGCUGCUGACGGAGGUGGGGGUCUCGGGCCAAGGCCGGGAUAAUGCCCUGACCCUCCUGAUUAAAGUGGUACCCCGCAAGUCUCCUAAGGAGCCCAACAACAGCCUUACCCUCUGGGUCAUUGACCAAGGUCUGAAGAAGAUUCUGGAAGUGGGCGGCUCAGUGCAGGACCCGCCUGGAGAGCUCACGGUGACCGCGAACAGCCGCAUGAGCGCCUCCAUCCUUCUCAGCAAGCUCUUUGAUGACCUCAAGUGUGACGCCGAGAGGGAGAAUUUCCACCGGCUCUGCGAGAAUUAUAUCAAGAGCUGGUUUGAGGGCCAAGGGCUGGCCGGGAAGCUGCGGGCCAUCCAGACGGUGUCCUGCCUCCUGCAGGGCCCCUGUGACGCAGGCAACCGGGCCUUGGAGCUGAGCGGUGUCAUGGAGAGCAUCAUCGCCCUGUGCGCCUCCGACCAGGAGGAGGAGCAGCUGGUGGCCGUGGAGGCGCUGAUCCACGCGGCGGGCAAGGCCAAGCGUGCCUCCUUCAUCACUGCCAAUGGCGUCUCACUGCUGAAGGACCUAUACAAGCGCAGUGAGAAGGACAGCAUCCGCAUCCGGGCCCUGGUGGGACUGUGUAAGCUGGGCUCGGCUGGCGGGACUGACUUCAGCAUGAAGCAGUUUGCCGAGGGCUCCACGCUCAAGCUGGCCAAGCAGUGUCGGAAGUGGCUAUGCAAUGACCAGAUUGACAUGGGCACCCGGCGCUGGGCAGUGGAGGGUUUGGCUUACCUCACCUUUGACGCGGAUGUGAAGGAGGAGUGUGUGGAGGAUGAGGCUGCCCUGAAGGCCCUGUUCCAGCUCAGCAAGUCCGAAGAAAGGGCGGUGCUGUUUGCUGUAGCCUCGGCCCUGGUCAACUGUACCAACAGCUAUGACUAUGAGGAACCUGACCCCAAGAUGGUGGAGCUGGCCAAGUAUGCCAAGCAGCACGUGCCCGAGCAGCACCCGAAGGACAAGCCGAGUUUUGUGCGGACUCGGGUGAAGAAGCUGCUGGCGGCGGGCGUGGUGUCGGCCUUGACGUGCAUGGUGAAGACUGAAAGCCCACUGCUGACCAACUCCUGUCGGGAGCUGCUGUCCAGGGUCUUCCUGGCCCUAGUGGAAGACGUGGAGGACCGUGGCACUAUCGUUGCCCAGGGUGGGGGCAAGGCACUGAUCCCGCUGGCCCUGGAAGGCACCGACGUGGGGCAGACAAAGGCAGCCCAGGCUCUCGCCAAGCUCACCAUCACCUCAAACCCGGAGAUGACCUUUCCUGGCGAGCGGAUUUAUGAAGUGGUCCGGCCCCUGGUCUCCCUGCUGCACCUCAACUGCUCAGGUCUGCAGAACUUCGAGGCGCUCAUGGCCCUGACCAACCUGGCGGGGAUCAGCGAGAGGCUCCGGCAGAAGAUCCUGAAGGAGAAGGCUGUGCCCAUGAUUGAGGGCUAUAUGUUCGAGGAGCAUGAGAUGAUCCGCCGGGCUGCCACGGAGUGCAUGUGCAACCUGGCCAUGAGCAAGGAGGUGCAGGACCUCUUUGAAGCUCCCGGCAAUGAUCGCCUGAAGCUGCUGGUGCUGUACAGUGGAGAGGAGGACGAAUUGCUGCGGCGGGCAGCUGCAGGCGGCCUGGCCAUGCUUACCUCCAUGCGGCCCUCGCUCUGCAGUCGCAUCCCACAAGUGACCACACAUUGGCUGGAGAUCCUGCAGGCCCUGCUGCUGAGUUCCAACCAAGAGCUGCAGCACCGGGGGGCCGUGGUGGUGCUCAAUAUGGUGGAUGCAUCGCAGGAGGUCGCCAGCAUGCUGAUCGAGAGCGAGGUGCUGGAGAUCCUGUUGGUGCUGGCCAAGGGUGACGCAGGCCCUGUGACCAGAGCUGCCGUGGCCUGCCUGGGGAAAGCGGUGGAGUACGGGCUUAUCCAACCCACUCAGGCUGGAGAGUGAGGCCUGCCCACUACACGAGUCUCUUGCACACCAUACCUAUUGCAGCGUGGAGAGCAAGGACUGAGGUGGUGCCAGACGUUCGAGUACCUCCUCCCACCACCUUUUGAUGUUCUUUGUCCUGAACCACAGCACUGCCUCUGCCUCACACUGAGGGGCCCCUCUUGUUCCUGACUGUGGGUAACUGAGCAUGGGGAAGGGGAGCCCCAGCUUGGUCGUCUCGGCCUGCUGGAGCUUCACGAAGGGCACCGCAGUGCCGUCACCAGCUGUGAGCAUCACCUGGGCCGCCCAGCAAGCCUCUAAUAAACGUGUGGCACUGA